UCCAAUAUUCUGUCUCCAGCCUCCACUCUCCUACACUAUAAAUAUCCUUACAAACUACAUGCUUUGAUAUUCUUCAGAUCACUAGAGCUUCAUUUCCUUUCAAGUUGCUAUUCUUGUUUUUUAUUUGUGUGAAUCUUAAGAAAAUUAUGGGGCGCCGCAGCAACUCAUCAAGAAUUGAGCGAAAUAUGAAGGAGAGAAAUCGAAGAAUGCACAUGAAAGAUCACCUUCGCCGGCUUGCUUGUGUCAUUCCUCCUCAAACCUCCAAGUUAUCAGUACUUGAAAUAUUGAAUAAAGCCACAAAUUAUAUAAAGCAGUUGCAAGAGAAUAAAGAACGUCUUAAAAGAAGGAAAGCGCAGUUGAAAGGAGAGGAAACAACAUGUAAUACUAGUACUUAUAACAUGACUGUAAUCCCAGAGUUACGUACGAUAAUGAACAUCAAACAUUUUGAUGAUUCGACUUUGGAAGUGAAUUUGAUUAGUGGGUUGGAUAAAAACUUCAUGUUAUAUGAAAUAAUAAGUGUGCUUCAGGAAGAAGCAGCCGAAGUUAUUCAUGCUUCACAGAUUCGUGCCGAUGAUAAAUUCAUCUUCAUAAUUAGGUCCAAGGCCAUAAGUACCAGAGUUGGUUUUGAAACUUCAAGGAUUGAUGAGAAACUGAGGGAACUGGUUCUCUGAAUAUUUCAGAACAUGGUUUUACUUCGGCUAGAUCAUAGUCAUGAAGAAAUUAAUUAGAUUUAUAUAUCAACAAAUAAAAUAGUACCUAGCAUCAUUCGUCA